CUGACAUGCUGCCCCCACCCCCCGCUUUUGUUGCCAUUGUAGGUGUUGGCGUGCAUCAAACGCUUCUGGUGCUCUGCUGGGAAUAUCAACAGGGUCUUUACUACUCGUAGCAGCCCUUAGCCAAAAUUAACAACCUCCUCGAAUCUCUGAGCUUCCCCAUGAGCUACUUCACCGCAGCCCAAGAAUGAAGAGCGACGCCUCACCCGCUGAACCCCCCGGCAUAUUCAAGCACGAACUUCUUCCACAAACAGCAAAGUACAUUAGGCUCCUCGAAGUCCUCGAGAGCAACUGUACCGAGGACAUCAAAAUCCGAUGCAAGUUAACAACAUGGCGGAUCACCGACGCACCACCAUAUCAUGCAAUCUCUUAUACCUGGGGAGACGCAGGGUCCAAUGCGACAAUCCUCAUCGACGAGAAGCCCUUCACAAUCCGUAAAAACUGCGAAUUUGUGUUGAAGCAAGCCCGCUGGUGUAAAAUAGGCCGCUACUAUUGGGUCGACUCUAUAUGCAUCGACCAGGAAAACUUCGAAGAAAAAAGCACACAGGUUUCGAUAAUGGGCAAGAUCUACCAACAGGCUGCCCACGUCCUGGCAAGCGUGGGCGACCACAUGGACGACAGUCAUUUUCUCUUCCAGAAGGCACAACAAAUCUUGAUGGCCCGAGUAAGUUCAGAGGCGAGACGCCGCAUGGUGAUUUACCUGGCCGGGGAAGUGGCUAUGGUCCGCAGACUCCUGUGGGCUGCUAUCAGCUUCACCCAACGUCCAUAUUUCACGCGCAUGUGGGUCUUGCAGGAACAACAGCACGCCAAACAGGUCACUUUCUUGUGCGGGCCAGACAUGGCAACAAAAGAAGUCGUGCGCAACGUCACGUCCUUGGCGUUGACCUUUUGCAGAAGGCUCCUGGUUGAGGGGCCCCGGGAGUCACCCCUUCUGGCAGUACGAAUGUGGCAACCCGCGGACCCCCACGCGAUACCUAAGAGUCACGACCUGGCAAGGGAUAGAGAAGGUGCCCUGGCAAUGAAGAAAGGACUACUGAUAGCUCUCCAUGUUCUGUCAGAAGACCCAACCGAGCGCAGGAUAUCAUCGCUGUUGGACACCGCGAGCGGACUGCGGUGCGCCGAUAACAAGGACAAGAUAUACGGCAUAGUCUCGUUGUUGGACUGGGGGCCCGUUAGGCCAGUCAAACCCGACUACACCAAAACGGAUUUCGAGGUUGCUUUGGACUUCGUGCUGGCAAUAUCGAGACUGAGGAGGCACAGAAUGAUCAGCUCCUUGACGGCAGUGUCCAAGUUCACAUGGCGGAACCUGGGGCUCAACCUCGAGUCGGACGGUGUCGUUGAGGCAGUCGCAGCACGUCACGGGCCCCCCUCGACCCCAGAGUCGAAGCCGAGAGUCUCAUCGACGGCGAUGGUCAUCACCGGGCCCGGCUACGUCAUCCAGCCCGGCUCUCUGUCCGACGGCCCCGGGUGCACGACCUGGACCGCGUCAAGGCUGAACGGCUGGAAGAUCCACCUGCCCCCAUGGGCGAGACCCGGCGACUUUGCCGUCUUUUCCGAGAGCCUCCGCAUGUUCUCGAGCCCGGUGCUGGUCAGGAUGGUGCCCUUCGAUGCGCCGGGGACUGCCAUUGGGGACGAGGGCGGUCUCGUCAUCGGGCACGGGUUCUGCGAGGCAUCCGUCUACCACGGGGUCUUUGACGAACCUCACGAGCACCGCUUCCUGAUACACUGGGAUGUUGAGGACGAGAUGAUCUCCAGCCUGGUAGCAGAACGCCUGAGCACAGUGAAAACAUUCUCACGUGAGUGGAUUCACGCGCUCGGUACGGGUGUUUGUAGGAGGCAAACGCCUGUGUCGUCCUACGCGGCUAUAGACUGGUACAAUUAUACCGAUCUAGUCCCUUAA